CUGUGUGGGAGCGUGCACCAUGUGCCAUCUGCGGUUGACCCAACUUUCUUACACAAUAUAGAAAGAAAAAAAAAAUUUGAACAGCAAGUGAUCAUUGAUUAGCUCGUCUCACGGAUCUUGUCUCUCUCUCUCCUUCUUCUUCUCUCCGCUCUUUCACUUUGUGCUGUGUUCUUAUAUAAGCUCCCUCCACGACCAAGCCUUGAGACUUCAGUCUUCGUGACUUGCCACAGAAAUUUACCAAACAGAGAGCCCAAGAGAGCACAGCACGGCAACAGCAGCAGCAGCAGCAACCUCAGAGGCACCAAAAAUGGCUUCUUGGAAGAAAACCAUCACAUCCCCGUUUCGGAAAGCCUGCACUUUCUUCAACCAGAGCCCCUCCCGAGACAAGAAGUCCCACCAAGAGCACGAGAAGCGGAUAAACAUGACGAACUUGCAGGGCGACGUGAUGGCCUGCGCUUACGAGGACGUCCAAGUGAUGUGGUCGAUCCUGGACAAGUCCAAGGCCAUCACAUGCGACUGAACAAGAAGGAUCUCAAAGAAAAGCUCCGAUCUCCGCACCACCUUGAGCUGCCAAUUUCUAUUGUAGAUAUGAUCAAGGGAAGGUGUUUAAUUAUAAUUAUAAGGGCAGGUUUUGAGAGACCCCCUCCAUUGUAAUUUUGAUGAUGUGGGGUUUCGCAGGAAGAAGUUUAGCAGUUGUUUGGAGUUUGAUUAAGCUUUGUAAUUUUGGUUUCAAUCUUCUUCUUCUUUUUUUUCCUGUUGAGUCAGGUUGUCAUGAUCUCUAUAGGGAAUCCCCAUGAUUAAUGAUAAUGUCAUGGCGAGAUUUAAUGGAAAGGUCUCACUUUCAAUCGUGCUCCGAUUAUAAAGUAGCGUUUCCUCCUUCA